ACCGCGCGGGACGUGAGCGCGCCGGCAACUUUGCGGCCGCCGGGGGCGCGGCUCCUCCCGGUGCGUGUGAGAGUGUGCCUGUCGCCGGCGGCCUCCUGGGGGCAGCAGCGCAAAGGGGGACGGGGAGAAAGAGGCAGACUCCGCGCCCGGUGGCCCAGGAGGCAGAGGCCCCGCGCGGCGCCGGCGGCGGAGACCUGAACUCGGCUGGGCUGCGCCUUAGACGCCUUCUUACAGCGCAGCAGCCGCCCUCGCAGCCGGCGGCCGGGAUUCGCUUUAGGAUCUCGAUUCCUCUUGCCUGCCCGGACAGUAGCAGCCCUGUGUUCCGACCGAGGAGCGGCGGCCGCGGCAGCAGCAUCCCCAGCCCGGGCGGGACCCCCUGAGCGCCCGAGUCGGCGGCCAGAGCAGCAAGGGAGGGUCGCGUCACCCGCCCUCCACGGCUGGCCCUGCCCCGCGCGCCCCGUGCGGGCUGCUAACAAUGGUGCGGAGCGCCGGCGCGGUCCCCGCGUCCGCCCAGCGGUCGUAGAGGAAGUAGCCAGGCUCCGGGUGGGGUGGGCAGAGACGCCCCCCGCCACUCGCUCGCUGGAGUUUGCCGGCGCGCCGGGCCUCUCCGGCCCCGAGCCCUGGGCUCUCCUACGCAUCACCGACGGCAGCCCGAUCCGGAGAGUAUGGUGCCAGCGCCUGGGUUAAUCUAGUCCUCGGCUAGCUCCUUUUUUUCCCUCCUCCUCUGCCUCCUCUACCUCCUCCUUUCUCUCCUGUCGGUGCUGCCUCUGGGUUCCCGUCGUGUGGGAGUACAACUCUCUGCCUCUCCAAGGAAACUGGUCGGUGGACCACCUAACAGAACUUGCCCAUUGAAAGCAAACCCAGAACAGCUGGAUAAUGUCCACUCCGAGCAGAUUCAAAAAGGACAAAGAGAUCAUAGCCGAGUAUGAAAGUCAAGUCAAAGAAAUUCGAGCUCAACUGGUAGAGCAACAAAAAUGCCUGGAGCAGCAGACAGAGAUACGAGUUCAACUUCUCCAGGACCUGCAAGAUUUCUUCCGGAAAAAAGCUGAAAUUGAAACAGAAUAUUCUCGGAACCUAGAAAAGUUAGCAGAAAGGUUCAUGGCAAAAACAAGAAGCACUAAGGAUCAUCAACAGUACAAGAAAGACCAGAACUUGUUGUCUCCAGUGAACUGCUGGUAUUUGCUUCUGAACCAAGUGAGGAGAGAAAGCAAAGACCAUGCCACCUUGAGCGACAUCUACCUGAACAAUGUGAUUAUGCGGUUCAUGCAGAUAAGUGAGGAUUCCACCAGGAUGUUUAAAAAGAGCAAAGAGAUUGCAUUCCAACUUCAUGAGGAUUUAAUGAAGGUUCUUAAUGAGCUCUACACGGUGAUGAAAACAUACCAUAUGUACCACGCAGAGAGCAUCAGUGCAGAGAGCAAGCUGAAGGAGGCUGAGAAACAAGAAGAGAAGCAAAUUGGCAGAUCUGGUGACCCAGUCUUCCACAUUAGACUGGAAGAGAGACACCAGCGGCGAAGCUCUGUAAAGAAAAUAGAAAAAAUGAAGGAAAAGAGACAAGCCAAGUAUUCGGAAAAUAAGCUAAAAUCGAUUAAGGCACGGAAUGAGUAUCUCCUAACCCUUGAAGCAACCAACGCCUCAGUUUUCAAGUAUUAUAUUCAUGAUCUUUCAGAUUUAAUCGACUGCUGUGAUCUUGGCUACCAUGCAAGUCUGAACAGAGCCCUGAGAACGUAUCUCUCUGCGGAGUAUAACCUUGAAACCUCCAGACACGAAGGCUUAGACAUUAUUGAGAAUGCAGUUGACAAUUUGGAGCCCAGGAGUGAUAAGCAGAGGUUCAUGGAGAUGUACCCUGCUGCAUUCUGUCCGCCAAUGAAGUUUGAGUUUCAGUCUCACAUGGGUGAUGAGGUGUGUCAGGUCAGCGCGCAGCAGCCGGUCCAGGCGGAGCUCAUGCUCAGGUACCAGCAGCUGCAGUCCCGACUGGCCACACUCAAAAUCGAGAACGAGGAGGUUAAGAAAACAACGGAGGCCACCUUGCAGACGAUACAAGAUAUGGUCACCAUCGAGGACUACGACGUCUCUGAGUGCUUCCAGCACAGUCGCUCCACAGAGUCUGUGAAGUCCACCGUGUCUGAGACCUACCUGAGUAAGCCCAGCAUCGCCAAGAGGAGGGCGAACCAGCAGGAGACCGAGCAGUUCUACUUCAUGAAACUCAGAGAGUAUUUGGAGGGUAGCAAUCUCAUCACAAAACUUCAAGCCAAACAUGACUUGUUGCAGAGGACCCUUGGAGAAGGUCAUAGAGCUGAAUAUAUGACUACAAGGCCUCCAAACGUUCCCCCUAAGCCCCAGAAACACAGGAAGUCCAGACCCCGCUCACAGUAUAAUGCUAAGUUGUUUAAUGGGGAUUUGGAAACAUUCAUCAAGGAUUCAGGACAGAUCAUCCCCCUCAUUGUGGAAAGCUGUAUUCGGUUCAUCAACCUGUAUGGUCUUCAGCAUCAGGGGAUUUUCAGAGUGUCUGGUUCCCAAGUGGAAGUCAAUGAUAUUAAAAAUUCAUUUGAGAGAGGCGAAAACCCUUUGGCUGAUGACCAGAGUAACCAUGAUAUUAACUCGGUUGCUGGCGUUCUGAAGCUCUAUUUCCGUGGGCUGGAAAACCCCCUCUUUCCUAAGGAAAGAUUUAAUGAUCUGAUUUCUUGUAUCAGAAUAGAUAAUCUCUAUGAGAGGGCGCUUCACAUCCGCAAACUCCUCCUGACCUUGCCCAGGUCGGUCCUUAUCGUGAUGAGGUACCUCUUUGCCUUCCUCAAUCAUCUUUCACAGUACAGUGAUGAGAACAUGAUGGACCCGUAUAACCUGGCCAUUUGCUUCGGCCCCACACUGAUGCCUGUCCCAGAAAUACAGGACCAAGUGUCUUGCCAGGCUCACGUGAACGAGAUUGUCAAAACCAUCAUCAUCCACCAUGAGACUAUCUUCCCAGAUGCUAAAGAGCUGGAUGGCCCUGUUUAUGAGAAAUGUAUGGCUGGAGAUGACUAUUGUGACAGCCCAUACAGUGAACACGGUACGUUGGAGGAAGUGGAUCAGGAUGCUGGUACAGAGCCCCACACCAGUGAAGACGAAUGUGAACCCAUAGAAGCAAUAGCCAGAUUUGACUACGUGGGGCGGUCUGCCAGAGAGCUGUCCUUCAAGAAGGGUGCCUCCCUGCUGCUGUACCACCGCGCCUCCGAGGACUGGUGGGAAGGCAGGCACAACGGGGUCGAUGGGCUCGUGCCCCACCAGUACAUAGUGGUGCAGGACAUGGAUGAUACAUUUUCUGACACUCUGAGCCAGAAAGCCGAUAGCGAGGCCAGCAGUGGGCCAGUCACUGAAGACAAGUCUUCGUCCAAGGACAUGAACUCCCCAACAGACCGCCAUCCUGAUGGCUAUUUAGCCAGACAAAGAAAAAGAGGGGAGCCACCCCCUCCAGUGAGGCGUCCUGGCAGGACCAGUGAUGGCCAUUGCCCCCUCCACCCCCCACAUGCUCUUUCCAACUCCGCAAUUGACCUGGGGUCCCCAAGCCUGGGCAGUCACCCCCGGGGCCUGCUGCAGAACCGUGGCCUCAACAGUGACAGUCCUGAGAGGCGGCGGCGGCCGGGCCACGGCAGCCUGACCAACAUCAGCCGCCACGACUCCCUCAAGAAGAUCGACAGCCCUCCUAUUAGAAGAUCCACAUCAUCAGGGCAAUACACAGGCUUCAAUGACCACAAGCCACUGGACCCAGAGACAAUCGCUCAGGAUAUUGAAGAGACGAUGAAUACUGCUUUGAAUGAACUCCGAGAACUGGAGAGACAGAGUACGGCAAAGCAUGCCCCCGAUGUGGUGCUGGAUACCUUAGAGCAAGUGAAAAACUCUCCCACCCCAGCCACUUCCACAGAAUCUCUCAGCCCUUUGCACAAUGUCGCCCUCAGGAGCUCUGAGCCCCAGAUUCGACGUAGCACUAGCUCCUCCAGUGACACAAUGAGUACUUUCAAGCCUAUGGUGGCGCCCAGAAUGGGUGUGCAGCUGAAGCCCCCAGCCCUUCGGCCAAAACCUGCUGUUCUUCCAAAAACAAACCCUACCAUAGGACCUGCCCCACCGUCCCAGGGGCCAACAGACAAGUCUUGCACAAUGUAAAAACCAACUGAGCGAGGUCAUACAGGGAGGUGAUUGAAAAAAGAACAUGGAUUGGUGACAAAAGUCAGCGAUCCAUAACUUUCCUUAGUCGUGUGCUUAUAACUGGAGAUCUUUUGGCUUUUCUAUGUUCUUGAAUGUAAUGUCUGAGACUAGCUAAAUUAACACGGGCAUUUGUAUUUUGUAAUCCUUUUUUUUAAAUAACUGGACAUAUCUUAUGUCAUUUUAAAGACAAUAGAAACACUUAAGACUUACUUGAAAAUCCAAUGCUGCACCAUUUGUAAUGAAGGCAACACCGUCCUGCCCUGCACACUGCACAGCUGCUUCAGGCUUAGUGUAGCCCGGGUGAGUCAAAAACAUCUCGAUCCGAAGGCAUGAGAACCUGAGUUCUGGGCCUUGGAGUGUAACCAGUGUUGGUCUGUGCACUUGAGGUGAUGCUGAAAGGUGACAGUGGCACUGUUUGGCGACUGACAGCACCUCUGAUUCUACCCAGUAGGGCAAGGGCUGGCUCUUGCUAAAGACUUGCUGUUGUCAUGGUAAUAUCCCCAGGGGGACUGUCAGCUCACCACCUAAAUGAGUAGGAUGACUGCCUCUUUCAUAAGUCGUUUGCCUGGGUCCGGGUUAAAGUCUCAGCGGAAGGGGGUGGACUCUGCAGGUACUGCUUGAACGGAACCUGGGAAAGGAGAGGGAGACAGCCCUUCAGAGCUACUGCUGUGACUCUUUCCACGAGCCUGAUCAGGCCCUCAAGGAUUUCCAAGUCCAUCCCCUGCAUUCACGGAGGACUAGAACAGUCGAAUUUUAAAGACUUUCUGGUUACACGACUCCAUAAACUCCUUCAGAGAUCUGUUGUUGCCUAGAAAACACUUCUAGCUCCCCUGAAGCCCUGUGUCCUCCUCGGUGGAAGGGGAGAAAGCACACCACGCACAAGUCCUUGGUCUGCCCAGCCUUCUCUUUCCCGACUCAGUGACCUGGCUUCCUUUAAACAUGCUACAGAGGCUGAUGAUCCUAAAUUGAAUCCCCCCCCCCAACUUGUCUCUUUGAGCCAACCUAGAACUGGCCCUGGUACUGGAGUUAAGAGCCAUACCGGCCAAGGUGGGAGGAUUACCUAUGGUUCCAGAAUGAUUUCCUCCCAAUUUUGCACCCUGGAACCAUGGCUUUCUUGUUUGUCACAUGUGGUCUCUACAUAACUCACACAGUCAGCUGAACUCCAUGAGGGGACCCUCUCUCUGACAUCCUAACCCAUAGAUGAUUUUUCUUUAGUCCUUAUUUAUGCUGUAUUUUCCCUCUAUCUUAAAAAGGGUUGCUUUGAAUUCAGUUAUUUUUUACUACAGUACAAAUCACCACUCUCCUACCAGGAGCAGCUUAUAUCAUCUGUAAACGUAUGAGCAUUUCAUCUACUCUGUCAUUGAACUUACUGAUGAAAAUUACCCCCCUGCCCAAAAAAUGGGUGGCCAGAACUAACCCCUCUGGACCACUUUGAUUUCUUUCUAGGUUUGGGUUCAAACUAGCAGCCAAUUGCAUGCCCACCUAAGAGUUACAGUAGGGACUUUGACUCAUCAGCCCACUGGGGAAGGCCUCAGUGAGGGAAAAAUGAAGAUCUGUACUAAAGUCAAGAUCGUUACUCGGAUCUCUACCUCAGUUUGCCAGUCUAAUCAUUCUAAUGCAGAAAGAGAUCACAUUAAUGAGAUAUUGUUACCUUUCAAAGUCAAACCGUUGGUUGCUUGCCUGCAGCCUAAUUUCACAAAUGGAUUAAGUAGUGAAAAACAAUUUUUCAGGUAUUUCCAGGAAUUGUAAACCUCUGAAUUUUCACAACCAUCUUUUUUGCCCAUUUUGAAAAAGAGGCCCAGUUCAGCAUCUUGUACCAUCCCCCACCGUGUCUUGAGCUUUAGUGGUCCUUUGGCACCUUUGGACACCAUGAAACCCAGCCAGGACACUGCUCUGAGUAGCAUGAACCUUUUUAAACAAUCUUCCCAAUUUUCUAGGAAAUUUAAACUUUCCUAAAUAAUCUCCCAGUUCUUUCUGGAUUCAACUUUGGUCACUAAUUCUCUGUUAUUAGAUGAGGAAAGACAGAGAAAAAGGUGGAAGUAAUUGGGGAGAAAACUUUGUAUCUUUUAGAAAUUAAAGAGGAUUUUUUCCCCCCGUAAUGGAGGGACUGGGGAUUGCACCCAGGACCUCAUGCAUGCUAAGCAUGUGCUCUACCACUAAGCUAUACCCACACUCCUAUAAUAAAAAGGAUUCUUAAAGACCACCUCCUUAGAUGAUGGAAAAGUAAGAUGGUAACCGAGGGCAUCAAAAGGGCAGACGUGUUUUGGAUUUUUUAAGUUUUGAAGGGUUCUUUUACGAGCUUUAACUCCAGCUUUUCAGAUCUUACUCCCACAAGCUCAUUUCCUCAGACUUCUCCCUGGUAAUCCUCCCCAGUGUCUCCUCUCUUUGGUGUUCACACCUGUGAUGGAAUGAGGUAUGCCUUUCCACCUACCAAAUCAGGACUCUGCUGCCUUAGAUGGCAGAGAACACGCCACUCUAGACCUCAGAGCCUCAGAGGCCGUGCCUUCUUCCAGGAAACAGCUCCUAACACUCUCCCAUCACUCGCUUACUUUACCUGUCUGUUUUUUCUCUCUCUAAUUAUGUUGUCACCCUCAGGCUCCCCCCCGCCCCGCUUUCCCAGGGAAGGAUGUGACCUCAGAGUGAAUAAGGAUUCAAUAAGGACUCACUUACCCUUACUUUGUUUAGUCAAAGUCCUCAGAUUCCAGGGAUGAGACAAGGUGGCCACUUCACAAAGAAUCCAAAUAACACUCAGUAAGUUCCAUAAAAGUUUCAGCAGCGGAGAGGGUUCACCUGUUCGUGGCCCUCUUUAUAGCCACAGGUGUCGCACACAGUGGGGAGGUGGGAAGGCACAAAGAAUG